AUGGACUCGUAUCUCCUCACCUCGACCAGGACUGUGCCACCGAGGCCGCUCCACCCCCUGCCCCCUGCCCGCCGCCCCCGGCUCUCUCCGGGCACCCGAGGAAGGGCCGCGCUGCGCCCCGAGGAAGGGCCGCGCUGCGCCCCGCGGACUCCCUCCGACACCUCGUGGCCUUGGGGCCUGAGCCCUUGCCCGCACCCACCGCCGCUGCUGCUGCUUCCCGGGGAGAGGCUGGAAGCCGGGGAGCCUGGGGCAGCCCCGCUCCGCGGAUACUUGGACCCAAAGAGAAACGGUGCUUUUAUACCACGGAGGGAGGUUUGUGAGCCUUUUCCUCUCUGCAGCCCUUUGGGGGCGUCUGGAAGGGGACGGAUCCCCACCAGGCGCCUGCAGCGGGGGGGCUUGGAGGCGUGCAGCUCGCGCCCCGUGUCUGGUUUGGCCGGAGGAGGCGCAGGGAAGUUGUGCCUGGUCCCAGCCUCCCUCCGGCCGGCGGAGGGGAAGCGCAGCCCGGCCCCGCUCUCGCCUGCCCAGCUGGGGCGGGGGGCAGCGUGCUGGGGUGGGAGCCGGGCAGGGGUCGCCCCCUUCCCCUGCCCCGACUUUCCCAGCGGGAUCGCCGCCUCCGCGCACGUCUCCCGAAGCAGCGCAGCUCUGGCCAGCAGGCGCCAGCGGGGCCCCGCGUGGAGCCGGCCUCUCCCGCAGAGCCUUCCUUGUUUUAGAGGAAGCGGAGGAGGCAGGGCGGGCCGCCACCCGCAGCCAGCGGGCCUCCAGGCUGGGACAGGGGUGUUGGGGACAAGGCCGGGAGGUUUCCGUGCCUGGCGGGGCUGCGCAGAGCUGUGCGCAGCCGCUUCGAGGUCAGGGAGCAGCCCCCAGCCCCGCACGGGUCCCUCCGGCACAGGCUGUUCGCUGGAGGAGCCCAAGGGGGUCGGGGCGAGCUAGGGAGACCCAGAGUGACUUCCAGCCCCCAGGGAUGCCAGCCGGGUGGUCUUGCCCUCUGAACUGUGGCUGGAGAGGAGAAACCCGGCUCCAGAGGUCUUUUUAGGCUAAAAUCACACAAAACAAAAGAAAAAAAAAUAAUUCUGUAAAGUACCAUGAGGUGCCGGCUUAGCGGGUGAGUGCUGGGGGGAGCAUUUGGUGGGAGAGUUCUGUUUUUUUACUUAAAUGACACAAAUUUUUAGUUUCUUUCCAAAUAGUGGGGAAAAGUGCAGAGCAAACCCCUAUUAACCACCCAGCGAGGCGCUGCCCCUCCUGCUCGCAGUGACUAGAUUUGUUUGUCUUUCUGAUAGGUUGGAAAUUGUGUAAUAAACUUGAUGACGUUGUCAAUCUUU